AUGCGGACGCACACGGGCGAGAAGCCAUACAAGUGCGAUGUCUGCCAUGCAGAGUUCAGCCAGAGCGGUAACCUACAGCAGCACAUGCUGACGCACACAGGCGAGAAGCCAUACAAGUGCGAUGUCUGCCAUGCAGAGUUCAGCCAGAGCGGUAACCUACAGCAGCACAAGCGGACACACACGGGCGUGAAGCCAUACAAGUGCGAUAUCUGCCCUGCGGAGUGCAGCAGGGGCGCGGACCUACAGAAGCACAUGCGGACACAUACUGGAGAGAAGCCAUACAAGUGCGUUCUCUGUCCUGCAAUGUUCAGACAGCGCUCAACCUUGUCACGUCACAAGCGGACACACACGGGCGAGAAGCCAUACAAGUGCGAUGUCUGCCACGCAGAGCUCAGCCUGAGAGGGACCCUCCAGCAGCACAAGCGGACACACACGGGUGAUAAGCCAUACAAGUGCGAUGUCUGCCACGCAGAGCUUAGCCUGAGAGGGACCCUCCAGCAGCACAAGCGGACACACACGGGUGAUAAGCCAUACAAGUGCGAUGUCUGCCACGCAGAGUUCAGCCUGAGAGGGACCCUCGAGCAGCACAAGCGGACACACACGGGUGAUAAGCCAUACAAGUGCGAUGUCUGCCACGCAGAGCUCAGCCUGAGAGGGACCCUCCAGCAGCACGAGCGGACACACACGGGUGAUAAGCCAUACAAGUGCGAUGUCUGCCACGCAGAGUUCAGCCUGAGAGGGACCCUCGAGCAGCACAAGCGGACACACACGGGUGAUAAGCCAUACAAGUGCGAUGUCUGCCACGGAGAGUUCAGCCUGAGAGGGAACCUACAGAAGCACAUGCGGACACACACGAGCGAGAAGCCAUACAAGUGUGAUCUCUGUCCUGCAAUGUACAGACAGCGCGGAGCCUUGUCACGUCACAAGCGGACACACACGGAAUAUCACAAGCAGGCACCCUGGAAUGAGAAGCCAUAAAAGAACAUUCUCUGUUCUGCAGACCUGAGGCACAACACAAACCUGCAGUGUAACAAGAAGACCUACGUGGGUGUGAAGCCAUACAAAUGCAACUUCUCUACUGCAGAGUUCAUGUGGAGCAGGAACACACAGAGUUAGAGAAGAAUUUGCUAUAGCUAGUUCAGUCAGAGCACAAAACCUGUGGCUUAACAUGCAGCCAAGACACACUUGUGACGGCAACCAUGCAAGUGCGCAGGGACCAAGUACACUUGAAAAAGUGCCAGUGCAGUGCUGUUGUGUGUCCUGAACCCAGAGACCUGAAGAAGCACAUGCUAAUGCACAGAGAGGUGAAGGCUAUACGGAUGCAAUCUGUCUCCCGCGGUAUUUUACUUGUGUUCGACAUUCUGAAACUCGCACGCAUGAACAGACCGAGGGCAAAAAGAGUUGAGUUGGGUGGUGACACAUGUGAAACGUAAGAAAAAAGAAGAGUGCAGAGAAACAGACAGACUGUGAAGGAACACCCAUACAGUGGCCCUCAUCUGCUAACCAAGGCUUACUUCCAUGAACGACAUGCAUUGCAUUGUUUCCUGUUUGCCUCUUUAUUCCUUUUUCUCCUUCUUCCUCUUCAUUAUUAUGAUGAAUGCUUCUUUUAUGCCUUAUAUCUCUUCAACUGAUAAUAUGAACAAAUAAAUCAACCCAAAGAAA